AUGAUUUCGAAACCGAUCCUCCGCAUUGGGAGCGUCUCGUCCACGACGGGCGACAACCCGCACGCCAUGGCCCGGAUGGUCCAACACGGCAAUGUCGACGUGAUCAUUGGGGAUUGGCUUUCGGAGAUGAAAAUUGCCUGGGAUGCCAUCGUGAAGCAGCAGAACCACGAUCUGGGCUAUGAGAGGGGCAUGUCCUUCGAGAAGCAACUUAGAAUGUAUCUAGAAAGGAGAUAUGUUUUCAAUAAUUUCUCUGACGGACGACAUGUCGUAUUCGUGCCCAUUUCCCUUCAACAGCGUGGCAAUAGGUCAUGA